CGAACAAACAACAACAAAAACAGCAUCAACGAUGGAUUCAGAGAGUUCUAAGAGAUCUACAAGAAGCCAGAAGCAUAAAGAAACAAAACCUGAUGACGAUUUCGAAGAGCUGUACAAUCCCAAACCACUACAAAUUGUACAACCAGGAGAACCAAUCCCUACUUUUGAUAAUGAACCUUUGCAUCCCAUUCCACUAAAAGUUGUAAGACCAACAAAAAAGGAAUAUUAUAUGAGUCCGAAAUUUUGGAAUGAAGUAGCAAUCUGGGGGCCAAGCUAUACCAAUCAUCCUACUUCUGGUGGUGAACCUUCAGAUCCCAUAAAAGAAGAGAUUGAUGAGAAACCUGAAAUCUCAGUUGUACAACCCAAAAAAGAAGAAGAUGAUGAAAAACAAAAGAUCCCCAUCCUACAACCUAAACAUGAAGAAGAUGAGGAAAAACCUAUAAUCUCAGUCAAGAAUUUUGGAAGGAAGUAGCAAUCUAGCCAGCUCCUGCUAUGAUCAUCAUGUUUAUGUUGUUUGUUUUAGUUUUCUAAUGUUAUCAAUGCUGUUAUGUAUUAUGAUCAUGUUUUUCUGAA